AUGGCUAGGACUAGGACAUCUAGGAGAACUGUGCUAAAGAAAACUUGGAAGAACCCAAAUGAGCCAAGGGAAGGCUCUAGGCGGUCACAAAGGAAAAGGGUGCCAGUCUUCAAAGCACCAGAUGUGAUUCGGCACCGAUUGCUCUUGGAACCAACGCUAGCGCGAAGAAAAGCAAGGAAACGACGUAGAGAGCAAGAUAAUGAUCAUGAUCAUGAUAGUUCUGAUGGGAAGUCAACGCUGGACAAGAGGACCGAACGUAUGACUCGGAAAGAUGAGCUCAGACGGAAGCUUGGGCCUCAUGGUCUCGGCAACAGCGAGAGCGUUUCAGUAGCAAGUGAAUCGAAAAUCGCUGCUACACCAGACAAUAUUCUCAGUCAACAACCUGCGCCUUCCAAUCAUUCUGCAACAACCUUCAAAACCAAUAGUCAUUCGCGUAAUCGUUCCGCAAAGACAACAGUAUCACAUCCAGUUGAGGGUCCUCCAAAGUAUCAUCGGGCACCUACUCCACCUCUUCCCCCGCCUCCUCCCCCGCCUCCACCUUCUGUAACCGUGGCUACAAGAACCAAACCUAGAAAAUCGCCUCCCAAGAGAACUGCUACACCAAAGGUGCCAACAAUACAAAGUCCAGCUGCAGCAAGAACCAGCAAUCCUGCUAGCACAGCACCUCACCAUUGCACUGCUGCACCAAAGGAACCAAUACAAAAUCCAACUGCUGCAGCCAUUGCCUCGCCCGUCGAACAGCCAACCACCAUACCAAAAAAUCAACAUACUGAUGGUCGUGGUGUAGCACCAAACACCAUACCAAUACGCAACCAAGCUGCAUACAUUGCAUCACCACCCGUCGGACUUUCAACCUGCGACAGCGAAAUUCAGAGUUUCAUGGCUUGGAAUCAUCGUCAAAUACUGGAAGAUACGCAGACCUUGAAAAUGUUACAGAAACGGGAACGAGCAAUCCAGCUAAUGCAACGAGCUGUGGAUGUUCCUUCCGUGAUUGCCUCCGCACGACUGGUGCGAGAAUUUUACCAGGGUGUCCAUAUGGAUUCGGCAACCAGAGUCGUAUUAGAAGAAGCCGAAGGCCGCGGCAUGGUGUGGCUUUCGAAACUACUGACACGCAGUUUUUCUAAGCCCGUGGUACUUGGUGGUAUCGGGUUCCCAGCGGCCAAGGCCAAACUGAUUGCCGACGAAAUUGUGAUCAAUCUAGGCGACAUGAUUGGGAAGAUUGACACGACCUAUCAUACUCUGGUGGGAAUACACAUUUUACCCAACGAUGCUGUGCUAAUUGUUCCCAAUAUCAGAGAGAUAGCGAGGGCCAUCAAGGAAAAGUCCUUGGCUUUUCGGCAAGACAUUAUUUUGAAAGCCCAGACAAGUUUUGGCCUGCAAAUGAUGCCAACGGCGUCGUAUCCAUCCUCGCUUUCGUUUGGAACUUCUAUGGCCUAUGGCUUUUGA